AUGAAGUUGCUGAGAGUCCUUGUGCUGAUUGCCCUCCCCCUUUACUGCUUUGCAGGUUCUGGAUGCCCACUUGUAGAAGAAGUGGUUAACAAAACAAUCGAUUCUCAAGUGAGCGUGGAUGAAUACCAAACUUUCUUGAAGCCCUUCUCAGAUGGUCCUAUGACUGAUGAGGCCAUAGCACAACUGAAAGAAUGUUUUCUCGGCCAGUCAGAUGAAACUCUGAGCAAGGCUGGAGAGUUGAUGAACAUAAUAUAUAAAAGUGUGUGGUGUGCUACGUUUUAA